CAACAAGCCAGUGUCUGACUGCGGAGCACGUCCAUAGCAGAAGAGGCGGGAGGUGGAGAUGCUCGCAUGGAAAGAGACUCGCAUUGGAUCGCAUGCGUGGAGCCACGCUCCAACUCUUCUUAAAUGAGCUGAAUUGUCCAAAAGGAUUUCCUUCUUCUUUGUGUCUCCUCUUGCUGGCGUGCACCCCUCAUGCGCGCUUCACUUGACUUAUACCAGCAAAUUUGCAGGCUGAUGAAACACAAAGUCAAGCCUUGUUUUCUCCGUUUCCUUUAACGUUUUCCUUUAGCUAUUUAACGUCGUGCUGCGUUCAUGGACCGACAUCGUUCACGGACCUUGACAUCGUUCACGGACCUUGACGUCUUGUAUAGUUAAAUGUAAAAGCGUUUUUGGACUUUUUCUUUACAAGAGUUCUACUGUUUUUCCACCAGUGAGCGUGAGGGAUGGCGAGUCGAUUCUUCGGGUGUUUUUCUGUGUGUCUGCACCUGAGCAGGUGGACAGUUGACGCCACAGGUGAAUGAAUGAAUGAUAUAACGAACCAGUGGAUUGUAACGCUGCUCUCUGACUCUGACAACUAACACAAACACAGCGUCGUGGGGAUGGAUCUGAAGGUGGAAAGGGAAGAAAUGAACACAGAUCAACCACCACCCAUUGAAGUUUUCGCGCACAGGUCAACUCUGCACGGCAUCGCGCACAUUUUCACCUACGAGCGCUUCUGCUUCAGGCGCUUCCUGUGGCUCGUCUUCUUCUUCGCCUCUCUGGCCGUGUUGCUGUACGUGUGCGUGGACAGGAUCCAUUUCUACCUGGAGUACCCGCACGUCACCAAACUGGAUGAGGUCACGACCCCGAUCAUGACGUUCCCCGCGGUUACUUUCUGUAACCUGAACGCAUUCCGGUUCAGUCGAGUGACACGCAACGACUUGUAUCAUGCAGGGGAGCUGCUGGCGCUACUCAACCACAGGUAUGAGAUCCGAGACUUGCAUCUUGUGGAAGAGAGUGUUCUGGAAAUCUUGAAGGUAAAAGCUGACUUCCACAACUUCAAGCCGCGACCUUUCAACAUGUUGGAAUUCUACGACCGCACCGGCCAUGAUAUCAACGACAUGCUGCUCUCUUGCUACUUCCACGGCACUGAGUGCAGAGCUGAGGACUUCAAAGUGGUUUUCACUCGCUACGGGAAGUGUUACACCUUCAACGCUGGUAGUAAUGAUCGCCCUCCUCUCAUAACCACCAAGGGAGGAAUGGGAAACGGACUUGAACUCAUGCUGGACAUUCAGCAAGAUGAGUACCUGCCUGUCUGGGGAGAAACAGAUGAGACAUCUCUUGAAGCUGGGAUCAAAGUGCAGAUUCACAGCCAAGAUGAACCUUCUUUCAUUGAUCAGCUCGGGUUCGGAGUGGCUCCUGGGUUUCAGACCUUUGUCUCUUGCCAAGAACAGAGGCUUAUAUAUCUACCCCCACCUUGGGGAGAGUGCAAGGUGACACCCAUGGACUCCGACUUCUUCGAUACUUACAGCAUCACAGCCUGUCGCAUUGACUGUGAAACACGCUAUCUGGUGGACAACUGUAACUGCCGAAUGGUGCACAUGCCCGGCGACGCACCCUAUUGCACCCCUGAGCUGUACAAAGAAUGUGCUGAUCCUGCGCUUGAUUUCCUGGUGCAGAAAGACAAUGAUUUCUGUGUGUGCGAGACACCGUGCAACAUGACCAGAUACAGCAAAGAGCUGUCCUUUGUGAAAAUCCCCAGCAAGGCCUCCGCUAAAUAUCUUGCAAAGAAAUACAACAAAUCUGAGCAGUACAUUAAGGAAAACAUCCUGGUAUUGGACAUCUUUUUUGAGGCUCUCAACUAUGAAACUAUUGAACAAAAGAAGGCAUAUGAAGUGGCAGGACUUUUAGGUGAUAUUGGUGGUCAAAUGGGACUUUUUAUUGGUGCGAGCAUACUCACCAUUCUGGAGCUAUUUGAUUAUCUUUAUGAGGUGAUAAAGUACAAGCUGUGCCGCUGCUCUGAUAAGAAGCUCAAACACAACAACAACAAUGAUCAGGGUACUGUGCUGAGCCUUGAUGAUGUCAAGUGUCACGUCAGUAACUUUCAUUAGGAGGGUCUCAGAAAGGUUCCAUGGACUUUGUUCAGUUCUGUAUGCCAACAGACAAAGUGUCUGAACUGUGCCUGAACUUGUGGCUGAAACUUGGAUGGAUGGAAUGGAGUGGUUAACAUUGUUGUUAUGACUCUCAAGCACCGUACGGCAAUCUGUACACAGCUCUUUGAUAAAUACAGUAGCAACAAAUAUCAUAAAGAUGCAUAUGACGUCAAUUGAAGUUCUGGUGUGUUCACUAAAUCAGCAUAAGAUGAUUUUGAUGUUUUGCUUUUGUGUAUAAAUGGUGACUUGCAUGUCAGUUUUCAACAAAUUAUCAUUUGUAUUUUCAUGCCAUCCAAGACAAAAAAAAAAUGUAGAGUCUUUCCUUGUUGACUGGCAACAUCUUGACAAUAUAUUGUUCUACCUCAUCGCGCAGGUCGACUGAAAAGUGACUUUUUGAACAGAGCAAAACUGGCAAAUAUGUAUUGAAAAGAAAACCUGACAUUACGGCUCACCUUACAUAUGCAGAGCAGCAUUGUAGACAUUUACAAGGAGAACUUUUGAUAACUCAAAGAGUAGAAAAAGCUCUGAUGUUAUUGUUGAGACUGAUAUUCAUCCAAAGGCAGUUCAAAAUGUCUGUAUUAAAUACCAAUACAUGCUAUUUUCCCUUUCUGUUUACAAUUGUCUUGUGAAAAAAACUAAUGAUUUUAUUUCCCCGGCAAGACAAAACACAGUUUUACGAAAUGGCAUUCAUCGUUUAUCCCAUUCAAUCGUUGAAUGUCUCCUCUUCUAGGGCUGAUGUUGCAUGUAGCACUGUGCAACAAUGUAAAAUGUGAUUCAUGGAUGAAUAUUUAAGCUGCAUAUACUGUGUAUAGCGUUUGUAUACUGAUGGCAUCGGCUUAUUUUUAUGUGUGGGUGGGUGGGGGUGUGCAACAACAACAAGGUUGUACAGUGCACUGAUAGUGCCAAAGGCUGAAGAGUUGAGACCUACAAGUUGUUUUCAGCAGUGCCUAUCUGAAAGUUUGUCUCAGUGGUUUGUGUUGUAACAUUCUGUUAUAUACAGUAUAUUGUGUAUAUAGUCUCACUCAUGCUCAUUGAGCUCAAUGCUAAGCUUUAAGAAAAAAAAACAGGAACAACUAUAUCAUCAGAUGACAUUAAAAUAUAAAUACUGCCGUUGCUGUGGAUAGUAAUAGUAUUUCUUAGCAUAGUAUCAUUCUAUACUGCUGUACUAGACUUGCUGUGGGACUGUUUUCUGUAUGAUGGCAUCAGUAAACAAAAUGAGUAUUAAUCAAUUUUAAUUCUGUUUUUGUGGCUAUAAUCAGAACUCCUUACAGUGUCUCAAGUAAAUUUAAAAAUUAUAGUAGAUUACAUCAUGCAGUGUCUACUGCAUGAUAUUAUACACAUCACUGGUGUCCUCCAAACGGUUUAAAAACAUGUUUCGAAAACACAAAGAAAAGUAGGUGAUACUGUUUUUCGACGAAACUCGACAAAAAUCACAUUUGGGAGACAAAUCUUUUGUAGUGGAAAUGAAAAGAUUAUGGGCUUGAAAGAGUUCCAUUCAAGUUCAAAUUCUAACUUAACUGAACUUUGGUAAACGGUUGAAUUUUAUUUGAACAUGCAUACAAAUUACAGUGGAAUACAUCCCAUAGUACAAUUCGUAGUUCCACAUGUCCAAAAGGAGUAGGAAGAAGCAAAGCUUAUUUAAUCCUACCCCCCGUCCGUUUCACAUGAAUUGCAACACAUUUAUUCACUUCCUGUAUUCCAAAUGUGGUCUUUACCAGUUAAUACAUUGGAAAAUAACAAGGUAAUGUAACAACGUCAAGGUUUUUUCACCAUAAAUAUAACCAUCCAUCCAUUUUCUAUGCUCGAGCCCAUCCCAGCUGACUUCGGGCAAGAGGCGGGGUACGCUUUGGACUGGUCGCCAGCCAAUCGCAGUAAUUCAUAUGUCAAUAAUAAUAAAUAAUAAUCAGUAUAAAUGGACAUAACAGAACGCAGCUGGAAUAAUGGGUGAGUAUUGACAAUGAACUCACAAGAAUGAAGAGUAAUGAAUGUUGUAGUGGUUAGACAUACAGUCGCAUUUUGUACACAGUGGUUCAAGACUCUUCUUCCUUGUAUUUUGCAAACGUCAACUGCUGUAUUGUUUCUUGAAAUCGCUCAUCUUGGUGCUUUGUUUGAGUUCCUUCCUCAAUCCGUUCCAUAAUUUCAUUCCACAUACUGAAAUGCUGUGUGGGUUUUUAGGGUUUUAGUGCGUAUAAGUGUUUUAAGUUUAGUUUUUCCCUGAGAUCAUAUUUCUCCUCUCUUGUUGGAAAGCACUGUAUGACAUUUUUGGGUAGCAGGUUAUUGAUUGCUUUGUGCAUAAUUUUAGCUGUUUAAAAAUGUACUAGAUCAGCUAAUUUUAAUAUUUGUGAUUUUAGAAAUAGAGUAUUUGUGUGUUCUCUAUGCGCGACAUUAUGGAUUAUCCUCACUGAUCUUUUUAGUACAUUUAGCGAGUGAAGUUUGUUUUUAUAGUUUUACGCCAUAUCUCCACACAAUAAGUUGGAUAUGGUAAUACCAGACAGCAAUAAAAGAGUAUGGAGUGAUUUUUGGUCAGGGACAACUUUUGCUUUAUUCAAAAUUGAGGUAUUUCUCGCCACUUUAUGUUGUAUAUUUUUAAUGUGAGAUUUCAUAUUUUCAUCUAUUAUGAUCCUCAGAAAUGUAUUUUCGUUCACCCUUUCAAUGUCCACACCUUCAAUUUGUAUUUGUGCAUGCGUAUGCUUUCUGCUAUUGUCAAAUAGCAUUGCAUAGGUUCAAGGAUAAUCUAUUUUUAUCAAACCAUCUUUUUAGUAUAGUCAUUUCCACUGAGACUUUUUUAAUUAGCUCUUGUGUGCCUUCCCCAGAACAAAAAGCAGUAGUAUUGUGUGUAAAUAAUACUAGCUUUAGGUCUUUUGUCACUUUUCAGAUGCCAUUAAUAUAUAAGUUGGACAGUUUUGGUCCCAGUGUUGACCCCUGGGGUACUCCGCACACAAUAUUUAAACGUGCAGAUGUGUAUUCUCAAAGCUUCACGUAUUGCUUCCUGUUUGCUGGGCAGCUUUUGACCCAAUUCAAAACUAACCCUCAUUAAAGACUUUGGGUUUUUAAUGUCAUUAUUAAGCUUUUUUUGGUAUUCAUGGAACAGUCGAUUCAUCAGGCAUCGGGACACAGCCUGAACUUCUCAACUCAUCACAUACGUUUCCUUGUUUGUGUGUGUGGUUACCAAAAUCUUGGAUGUUUAUUGAAUCUCUGGACAUAAAAAGCAGGCUAGGAGCUUCUGAGGCUGAUAUAGUACAGUUCCUGAUGUCCAUAAUCCUGCUUGCCUGCCUCACUUCCUCUGCUCUGUUGCAAAAAAUAUUGAGAGCAGACAGAUGUUUGCCUUUCCUGAGUUUAAUAGCGGUCCUGUUUAUACAAGUAUUCAGACUAAUGCAGCUCUCCAGAUGCAUUACUAUCCUAGAAUGGCGCCAUCGUGUGAAUUACUGGUCUGACAUUCAACAUCAAAUUGAAUGAGAGCGCAAAUGUGAUCAAAUCUGUUGCCUGUUCAAAUACAGACCUGAUCAAAAACUUAAGACCAGUUGAAAAAUUGCUAGAAUUUGCAUUUUGAAAAUUUGGAUCUUAAUGAGGUUUUAAGUGGAGCUACAAUAUGCAAAAGCAAGACGGGGGAGUGAGACAAAAAGCACUUUGAAAAAGUCAUUUUUUUAAAACAACAAUUCAACUGAAAUAGGCUGUUUAUCAGCUGAUCAAAAGUUUAAGAUCAUUGCUCAAAAAAAUAACAAAAAAUUCUCCAAACCAGAACAAAAAAUGUUCUCAGUAGGACUCAGUAAAGAGUAGCUCCACCGUGGGUGGUGGGAUCUCCUUGUCAGUAUCGUUGGAAGCCAUCGGGACCGUCAAGGUUACAUUUUUUCUCAUCAGAGAAUAAAACUUUUUUCCACCUUUCAAUGUCCCAUGUUUGAUGCUCCCUGGCAAAGUCUAAACGGGCAGUUUUGUGCCGUUGAAGGAGACGAGGUCUUUGAAUGCGUUUUUUAAACCCUUUUCCCGCAGAUGCAGUCUGAUGGUUAUUGCGCUGCAGUUGGCAGCAGGAAGGGCCUUAAUGUGGGUGGAAGACCGCCCUGUGUCUUGAUGGACAGCCAAUCAGAUCCUCCGGCUCAGCGCAGGUGUGAUUUUUUUGGGGUCUACCACUUGACUUUUUUGUUCCAUAAUGCUCAGGAUCUUUUAAAAAAUGUAGAAUGACUGUCUUACUGCUCCCAACCUCAGCAACAAUGGCACGCUGCGAAAGGCCUUGCUUAUGCAGCUCGGCAAUCCGACCACGUUCAAAAAGAGAAAGCUUCUUAGCUUUAGCCAUCAGGAGGGCAUGACAGUGUGAAUGCCUGACAGAAAAUGAACAUUUUGAGCAGAUUUUGGCUUUUAUAGCCUAUGAUCUUAAACUUUUGAUCAGCUGAUAAACAGCCUAUUUCAGUUUUGGGCUUUUUUUGUUUAAAUUAAAAGUUCAAAAUGUUUUUUGUCUCACUCCCCCUUCUUGUUUUUGCAUAUUGUAGCUCCACUUAAAACCUCAUUCAGAUCCAAAUGUGCAAAAUGCAAAUUUGAGCAAUUGGUCUUAAGAUUUUGAUCAGGUCGUAUAUGCUUUUCAUACUGUAUUAAGUUUAAGAGACACUCAAAAGUCAUAAGACUACUUUUUCUUGAACUAAACUGUUUUCUCUUUAAACCACAGAACAGCAGAGUGCUGAAUGUGUACAAAACAGUUCCUUCAUGAGUCUCGUCUGUUCCGAGUCUUACACAACAAGGUCCUCUUUUAUUGGAGUCUUGCAGACCAAAUGAAUGUCUGCCACCCGUGAGUUAUGUGUGGUGCUUUCUACUGUGUUGGUUGUAUGUUAUUUUGAGUUUGUUUUAUGCAACAGAAAGUAAUGCACAGUCAACUGUGAAGCACUUUAUCAAGUGACUGGAUAAAUAUUCUGAUCCCCUUUUUUUGAAUAACUUAUCAAACCAUUGUCGAAAAAUGUAUGAAAUUGAUAUACCGUAAUUUCCGGUGUAUAAGCCGCUACUUCUUUCUUAAACAUUGAACCCUGCUCUCAUAAUCAUUUAAAUACUGUGCCGCUCGCAAGUCAGUGAGUCAGCCCAUCGGAAAUCACAGGAGGCCAUUACUCAGCAUAACAGCCUGACUCACGGUGUCGUCUUACAAAGAAUGCAAAAAU